AUGAGUCUUGUCUUAUAUAGUUCUUCGGAAUCUGAUGAUGAUUAUGAUAAUCAACGAAAUAAUAUAAAACGUUUUAAACCACAAUUACCAUCUGUUAAUAUUCAACUUGAAAAUGAAAUUGAUUUAUUGGAAAAAAAUUUUCAAAUAAAAACUAAUGAUCGAAUAAGAUUAUUUCCUCAUGAAAGAGGAAAUUGGUCUUUAUCAAUUUAUGCAUUUGUUGAAUGUUCAUCACAUUUAGAUACAAUGAUUGAUGAUUUAAUUGAAAUAUUUAAUAAUAAAAAUGAAAAUUGGAAACGUUUAUUAGAAUUUCAUAUUAGUUUAUCAAAAACAUUUCCUAUUCGUUUUCAUCAUAUUGAAUCUAUACGAAAAGGUUUACAACAUGAAUUAUCAAUAUCAAUGAAAAAAUUUUCAACUCGGAUUGAAAAUGUAAAAAUAUUAAAUAAUGAAGAUGAAUCAACAUCAUUUUUAGUAUUUACACUUGAUCAAGAUCAACAAUUUUCUAAAUUAGUAGAAAUUAUUGAUAAAAUACUUCGUGAACAUCGAUAUCCAAGUUAUUAUGAAAAUCCAUGUUUUCAUAUUAGUUUUGCUUAUUCAAUAGAGAAAAAUCAACAAGAAAAAUUACCAAAUGAAUGGAACGAAAAAUGUGUGAUAACAUUAGAUAUGUUAGAUAUAUUAAUUGAAUGUGUUAAAAUCGUCUUUAUUCAUCAACAAACAAAUAAAAAUAUGCGAACAUUAGAUUUUUUAAUUACAUUAACACAUGUUACACGUAUUAAUUAUACAACUAAUAAAAAUUUAUCACUUGUUUUUGAUGCUCUUAUUGAUAUAUUUAGUCAGACAAUGGUAGCCAUUGAUAGUCAAAUUCGUUAUACAACAUUUUAUAUUCUAAAUAAACUUCAAUCAUUUAUUGAUCUAUCUCGAUCACCUUAUAUACCUGAUCAAUUUGAACAAUAUUUAUUAGAAUUACUUAAUAAUGAAACAACAUUUCUUGUUCUUGAUGAAAUUAUACCAUUAGCUGCUAAAUUUCAACAUAAAAAUCAUCAAUUUAUUGAUGCUUUUCUUCGUAGAAUAAAUUUACCAAAAUGGUUUUCAUAUUUGGAUCGACGACGUCAGAUUGUAUCAUUACUUGAAUAUUCAUCUUCUUCUCUCAAUUUUCUUCUUUCAACAAUUGAAACUGAUAAUGAUUUAUCCCAAUUAGCUUUUGAAAGUUUGUUAGCUCACGAACGAGGUUUUACACUUGAUAAAUUAGAUUUUCAUGGUCGAUUAGUAAUAUUUCAAGUUGCUAGUAAAUCUCGUGAUUUAUCACGUCUUAUUUUUACUCAAUGGAUAAGUCAAAGUGGAUAUGAACUUGUUGAUAUUCUUCGAUUAUGUAAAAUAUCAUCUUUUAAUGAAAAUAAAAAAAAUAAUAAUAACAAUUUAACACUUGAAACAUGUUUACAAUAUUUUCUUGAUGAUAAUAAUAUUCGUCGAAUUGUCAUUAAUAAUACAAGAAUAGCCAUUGGUAACAGCAAAAAAAUUUUAUUUCUUAGAGAUAAUCUUUUACUUUCAAAUGUAUCAAAUUAUGUUGAACAUUUAUUUUUAUGGCGUAUUUUAUGUCAAUUAAUAAAUGAAGAAGAUAAUGAUGAUAAUGCAAAUAUUCAUCCAGAUUUUCAUGAAUUUAUUUUGUAUUUUUAUCGUUUAAUUAAAUCAUCUGUUAAUAAGAAAUUAUCUUCAAUAGAAGAAUUUAUUAUAUAUCAAUAUACAUUAAUUCUUUCAACAUUUGAUAUGCUUGAUAUUUAUCGUCGUAUUGGUAUCGCAUAA